CAAGCAGGAUUUUGCAUAAGGCAGGGAAGGAGAUAGAGAGAUUUAAAGGGGAAAAAAAGUAAAAGGGAAAAUAAUUCUGAUCGACGCUUAAAUAAAACCUACAGCAUAUCUGAUUGUAUGGGAGAAGCAACAAAGCGGGUCCGAUCGGAGAUAAAUCGAUGAUAAAGCUGGAACCGGGAUCCAGCUCCACCAUGACGGACAGCAUCAUGAGCAAAGCUGCCACGAUGGAAAUCCCCAUCAACAGCAACGGAGACACGAGGACGUCUGAAGAUGACAGUCUUGAGCAGAUUCACUGGAGCUUAGAGAGGAAGGACCUGCAGCAGGUGAUGGUGUCUGGGCCGAACCUGAACGAGACGAGCAUCGUGUCGGGGGGGUACGGAGGAUCGGCCGAGGGCAUCAUCCCCACCGGCUCCAUCAAAGGCCCAGCUAUACUUUUCAACGAGGAAUAUUUUGAAAGGAGAUGCGGAAACACCCCCAAGCCAGACCUUCGCUCCAAGCCUAGGGACUUUCCACCUAUUCAUUCAGCGGCUGGUCGGGUCUCACGCCAGCCUGAUCAUUACCCAGCUCCCAGCAUGCACCACAGUAACAGCAAUCCGAGCAUGAUGGCGGAGGAGGCCACACGGGGGAUUGCAGUGGAGAAAUUCGACAGUAUGAAGAAAUGGAGCAUCAAUACUUAUAAGUGCACGAAGCAGAUGUUCUCGGAGAGGUUUGGUCGCGGCUCGCGGACCGUGGACCUGGAGCUGGAGGCUCAGAUCGACGUGCUGCGUGAAACCAAGCAGAAAUACGAGCACAUCCUGAGACUGGCGCAGGCGCUCACUACGCACUUCUACGACGUAGUGCAGACGCAGCAGGCGCUGGGAGACACGUUCUCCGAUCUGAGCCAGAAAUCUCCAGAACUGCAGGACGAGUUCGGCUACAAUGCAGAGACACAAAAGCUGUUGUGUAAAAACGGAGAGACGCUAUUGGGCGCAAUCAACUUCUUCGUGUCGAGCAUCAACACGCUGGUGAACAAAACCAUGGAGGACACGCUCAUGACCAUCAAGAUGUACGAGAACGCAAGGUUGGAGUAUGAUGCCUAUAGAACAGACCUGGAGGAGCUGAGUGCUGGCCCGCGUGAUGCGGCUGCGGUGGUGCGUAUCGAAUUCGCCCAGCAGGAGUACCAGAUCCACAGAGACAAGUACGAGAGGCUACGGAGUGACGUCACCAUCAAACUGAAAUUCCUGGAAGAGAAUAAGGUAAAGGUGAUGCACAAGCAGCUCCUCCUCUUCCACAAUGCCAUCUCGGCCUACUUCGCUGGCAACCAGCAGCAGCUUGAACAGACUCUCAGGCAAUUCAACGUCAAGUUGAAGCGUCCCGGUUCGGACAGACCGUCGUGGCUGGAGGAGCAGUAACGAACCGGAAGACAGUUAAUCUCAGCCGCUAGAGACUCAGACAGGCUGGAGGAUGGAGUGGUGUAUGGAUUGUGUUGGCAGAUGUCAUGGGUUUGAAUUGAAGAAAGGAUUCAAUGUUAUCAUGGUGUAAAAGAUGUAGUUUAUAUUUAAAGGCAGGUUUUAUCUUGAGGAAUGAGAAAGGAGAGAUGCCUCCCAUGCCUUUUGUCUUUGUAUUGAAUUUAUUUUGUCAUGCAAAGUAAAGUGGAACAUAAUCGCAUUUUUGUCUAUAUACAUACUGUAUGACAGACCUUAAUUUUAUUGUAGAGUGGGCCGUAUUCCGAGUUGUAUCCUUAGUAAUGAGGAUUUAAUACUGAUAUUGGUAAAAGCCCACAUGAAUGAUAUUAGUUCAAGCGGGAAACAGUAUUAAGUCUGGCUCCACUGCCUGAAAUUAUGCAAUAUGAAUAAUACAUCAGACUAAAAUUGAUGUUUUGGGCUGUAAUUAUGAAAAAAAAGGAAAGGUUACCCAAGGUCAAUUUUUAAAAUAGUUAAAUAAAUAUAACACUAUUAAUCAAUUUAGCAUAUUAUCUAUUUGAAGUCAUUUAACUGUCAGAACAGGAUAUAAUGUAUAUUAUAAAAAAAUAUAUAUAUAUAUAUAAAUACCUGGAUGUGCCGGAUCAAGUGCAAUUUUAUAGAUUUCUUAACAAUGAUGGUAAAAAUUAAACCAACAUUUUCAGUAAUGUGGUUUUUGCAUCUAUGAGGGAUGUUCAAGUGAAAUCAAAACUUUUGCUGGCGCAAAAUACAAGGUUAUGGAGUUAAAUCUAGCUUUAUUUCUCUAUAUAGUCCCCUGCAAAACUAAUGCACUCAUCUCACCUGAGGGUUUCUCUAGUGCUUAAAUAACUUCAACCACGAUCGGACUGCCUGCUUCACGUCUGACACGCUGGCCUCCCAGAAACAACAUGUGGAAAUGGCUUGGAGCGAGGUCAAGACUGUAGAAGGGAUGUGAGUUCCUGUAAUCUGCAAGUGGUGAUGGUGAUGAUUACAGUAUGUCUACAGUUCCCACAGACAGAUGCAUCUCUUCUGCACUGGACUCAGAGCCACCUCGGCUGGGAUCGUCAUUCACAGACAUACAGCCUUCGUUAAAACGUUUUGCACCAUUUAAAUGUUUUACUGCGGCUUAGAGUCUCAUCACCAGACUGUGAUUGAAAUCGUCUGCAAAUGCCAUCACAAGUCCCACUUUCACUUGAAUGCCCCUUGUAGGUUUAUUUAGCAUCAUCAUAUUAGUCUUAGAUGUUUAUUUUUUAGAUUUUAAAGACACUUUUUCAAAAAUGUUAUUAGUCAUCAAAUUAGCCUUUUUUUUUUUUUUUUAUUUAUCAUAGUUUAUUGUCACUUGCUUUAAUGUUGCCAAGUGCUUGCAUUUAAAAGCAGUCUUCUAGGCCCAUAUAGCCAAGAACAGUCUAGAAACCUUGGAAGUGUGAAUUACACACACGUGAUCUUGAAAAAUCUAAAUGGAAAGCCCAGAAAAUCUACUUAAGUGCCUGCAUGGUCACAUUCUGCACACAUGUAGAUCGCCCUUCAUAAACAUUAAUGUAACCGUUAGACUUUUAGACUCACCAACUCUGUAUACGGCCCAGUGACGGAAAGCGUGUGUAUGUGCACAGGAGUUUUCUCUGGUACGGUGCUUCAGAUUUGAGGCAUGCCAUGGAUAACUGUUUACAGUACAUGUUCUCAAAGGUUUAUUCAUGUAUAUUCUUGUGUAAAUUACAGUGUAAAGUCCCACAUAUCAAAUUAAACACAGUUUAAAAAA